AUGGAAGAAAUCAGAGGCCUGCCCAAAUGUGGCCUCCAUAGCAGUUGUCCCGCCAGUCCACUGAUCUCGAAACCUAUGACAACAGUGGACGGAUGGACGAGUCUCCUUGCUCGCGGCCCUGCGGAGCUAAUCCCCUCAACUGGUGGUGCUCAGGCCAGUGAUGACGACUGGACACGCAUCGAAAAAAGGCCUCCGGAGCCAGUACCAACGAGUGAAGGUGUUGGAAGUCACAGCAGUUUUACUAGUAAGUCAGUUCCCAGUUACUCGCUUGAGGAUGUCAAAUCGUCGCUUGAGGAACCUAGCAACUCCUCUAGUGCAGUCAUCACAAACUCGGGGAACAACGGAGGCAUCGGCGCAGUCACUCAUCCAGGAAGCCCUCACAACUUAUUUGAAUCUCCAACCUGGAAGCCAUCAAUGGAGCAGCAACAGCGGCAGCAUCAGACCCUUUUGUUAUCACCAACAAGCAAAACAGACCAAAAAACACCCAGUCAAAUUCAUGAGUCUCUAUCAGGAAACAGUCUCAACUCAACUGAGCGAUCACCCCAACGCGGAAGAGAAUCAAAAGUACAGAGUCUUUUCCCUGAAACUCGGUUGGGUCUCGGCCUCAGCGAUCCCAAGAUUGCUCCAUCCACGUUCACUCUGUCCCCAGAGCUGAAGUUCAACAAAGGUUCUCCAUCUCGCAGAAAGUCUGCUAUCCCUUUCUCAGAAGCUCCUCUGGGAAUUCUUUACUUUUCUGUCACACACGAUGUUACCAACUGCGAACUCCAUGUCCGGAUACACAAUGCUAAGCACCUUAUUGCGAUGGAUGCGAAUGGACUUUCGGACCCGUUUGUGGUGUGUCAGUUACUGCCGACUGUUGGAAAACGAUUUCGUACCCGAACGAUUCCUCAAAGCCUCAAUCCUGUUUGGGACGAAACAUUUACUUUUGUUGACUUUGACAAUCGAAAGCUUGAACAGAAAAUUCUUAGGUUGGCCGUCUUGGAUGCGGACACCUUCGGCGCAGACUGGCUAGGUGAGUAUCGUCUCGGCCUUGGUGAAUUGUUGCCGGAUCGAUUAUCGGAGUUCGCUGUGCCUUUAAAUCCUCGCAAGCCACUUUCAAAGGAGAUCGAUGACUUGACCAACCCCACGCGAGGGAAAAUACAAAUUGCACUGCGGUUUAUUGAGGAGACGAAGCAGCUUUGUGUAGAGAUUCUACGAUGUGCCGAUCUGGCCCCAAUGGAUCGCAACGGACUCUCCGAUCCCUUUGUAAAGCUGUGUCUUCGACCUGACAAACUCCGUAAAACUAAACAAAAGACCAAGAUCAAAAAAUCAACUCUUUUCCCAGAAUUCUACGAGGAAUUUUUCUUCGCCAUGGCUGCCUUGGAGGUGAAUAAGCGUACCCUGGAGAUAACUGUAUGGGAUUUCGACCGAGGGAUGAGAAACGACUUCAUCGGUGGCCUGACGCUAGGCGCGAAGGCCAAGGCGGAGCGCCGCGAGGUCUGGCAGGCGGUGUUUCGCCCGCCCUACCGGCGCUUCGAGGCCUGGUUUCAGCUCGCCUCUCGCUCCGAUACCGAGUAUCCCGGCAGUGAACCCCAGGUUGCUGACGAGGGCACCAUUGAUCACUCUUCAGCUUCAGGCAUUUGUGAUUAG